AUGUCUCGCAUCUUACUAUUCUUAGCCUGUGUCCUGUUGGUGAGGGGUGAAGGUGAGCACGGUGGCCAUCUGCAGGAGUCUUUUGGAGGCCAGGAGAGUGGCGGUUACCCAUCUUUAGGAGGCGGUGCCGUUUAUGAUUUCAGCAGGCACGACGAAGGUGGAGGAGAAGGCGGCCACAAGCACGAAUCUACGAGCUAUCAGAACUUCCAGUCCUCCCACGACCUCCAUCAAGGCUCGUUCCAUAAAGAAGAAGAAGAAGAAGAAGAAGAAAUCAAAGUGGUGACCGUGGAAAAGAAAGUACCGGUCCCUUAUCCCGUGACCGUCGAGAAGAAAGUGCCCUAUAAGGUCGAAGUUCCUGUUGACAAGCCGUACGACGUCCCGAUUCCGAAACCCUUCGCAGUGACCGUGGAAAAGAAAGUACCCUAUGAGGUCAAAGUGCCAGUACCCGUCCCAUACACCGUAGAGAAGAAAGUACCUUACAAAGUCGAAGUUCUCGUUGAUAAACCGUACCCCGUCCACGUGCCCAAGCCUUACAACGUCUACGUUGAGAAAAAAGUGCCUUACACGGUCGCGAAAUACGUACCGUAUGAGGUCAAAGUACCGGUAGACAAGCCGUAUCCUGUCCAUGUACAAGUCCUAAAACACGUUCCGUACACCGUGGAGAAAAGGAUACCCGUCGAAGUCAAAGUGCCUGUCGACAAGCCCUACACCGUGGAAGUGCCGAAACCCUAUAAGGUUUUCGUAGAAAAAAAAGUUCCUUACACCGUUGAAAAACGGGUUCCAUAUGAAGUCAAAGUUCCUGUCAAAAUUCCAGUACCCGUCGUCAAACAUGUACCUGUUCCCGUACACUACAAGAAACAUCACGACUGAUUUGUUUACCAAAAAUUGUUAAAUAUU